AUGGCUAAUAUGUUAAGUCUUGAAAGGUCCGCAUUGUUGGUGCAAGUAUCAUGGUGGUUGGCGUUGCCCAUUCUUGCUAUCUUGUAUGGCUGUUUUCUGGUCGUAUACCGCCUUUAUCUUCACCCUUUAGCCAAGUUCCCUGGUCCCAAGCUCGCUGCAAGUACGAAGUGGUACGAGUUUUACUAUGAUGUAGUAAAGAGCCCUGGCGGGCAGUUCUUUUACAAGUUGAGCGAGAUGCACGACAAGUACGGGCCUAUUGUUCGGCCUAAUCCUCAUGAAAUUCACAUUCGCGAUCCUGCAUUCUUCGACACUCUUUAUGCUCCAAACCCGACUGUCCGGCACAAAUAUCCCCCUUCUACAGAGAUGGCGGGGCUACCAUUUGGCACACACGGCACAGUGGACCACCACGCCCAUAAACAGCGUCGCAUGGCCAACUCACGGAUGUUCUCGAAACGCGCUGUUGCAAGUGCGCAAAGUCUGAUACAUGGACACAUCGAAAAGUUGGCCCAAAUUUUUGAAUCAAAAUGCGGCACGGACGAGCCAAUAGACAUGCAGACAACGUUUUUAGCCUAUACAACCGAUGUUAUCUAUCACUACAUGUUCAACAUUCAAGCUGGAUACCAAAACAACCCCGAAGCUGCCAAAAGUUGGAGGCAUUCAAUGGAAGCCGUGGCUCAAGCAACGCCCUUCUCUAAACAAUUUCCGUGGCUUAACGCAAGGUUACUAACGCUCCCAACCUGGAUACUGCAGCCCAUACUUAAGCAGAUCCAGCCUGACCUAGCAGGACUAUUGGGGGCGCAUAAGCUUAUGGCCGAUAUCGUUUCAUCUUACAUUAAGGACCGAAACUCCCAGGACAUGAAGUCAGGCAAAGAGGAUGUUAAACCGGAGACAAUAUUCCACUCUAUCGAUCAAAGUAACCUCCCCUCUAUUGAGAAAACACCGCUUCGUUUGUACCAGGAAGGUCUGACGGUACUCUUCGCGGGAGGCGAAACGGGGUCAAGGCUUUUAGCCCACACCAUUUUCCACUUACUUCAAAACCCGGAUGUCCUGAUUAAAGUUAAGCAAGAGAUUAUUGAGGCAGCAGGCGACUCCAACCAAGUACCCGAUGUCAAGAUUCUGGAAACUCUACCUUGGCUUGCCGCAUCAGUACGAGAGUCGCUACGAUUAAGGGCAGCAACUACAUCUCGACUCCCACUUGUCCUAAACCAAGAUUUGUUUUACAAAGACUGGUUGAUCCCUGCAGGGACGCCUGUUAGUAUGACUCAUAGUGACAUUCUUCACAACGAUGAAAUAUUCCCAGAGGCUAUGAAGUUCAAACCGGAGAGGUGGUUCAAUCCUACUGAGCAACAAAAGAGAAUGUACGUACCUUUUGGCAAGGGUACAAGGAUGUGCAUUGGCGUAGAAUUUGCCUAUAUUGAGAUGUACAUGUCAUUGGCUACUAUUAUGUGUCGCUUCGACCUUGAACUCUUUGACACUACCUGGGAACGAGAUGUUGCCUAUUCAAGGGACUGUUUCCUGGGCGAGGCUUCCCCUUCUAGUCAGGGGAUCCGUGUAAAGGUCCGCGGGGACAGCAAGCGAUUCAAGAAAGACUGA